UCAAAGCGUCCACCUAUUCCCGACUACUGGCACAGCUUAUUUGGUAUUUCACUGGUUUCCACUUGCUACUGCGUGCCGCGAAAACGAAAUCAUGGGUGUGUGCAUGUCAUGUACGAAGCGGGAGGAGGACGAUCUCUUUCCGACCGAGAGAACUGGACUUUUGGCAGAAUAUGGGCCAACGACGAUGACGAUGCCGAAUGACUCGGCGUCGGCGCAGGAUAUGGAUAGUCAUCGGGAAGAAGCCAUGGCGCGGAUAGUUGCGAUGACAGAAGAAAACCUGAUUGAUAUAUUUGCGGUUGGCACCCCUGAUCGGAGAGUCAAUGGACAGCCGACUGUGGACUACAAAUAUCUAUUAAGCUCUAUCGAAGUACUGGAGUCAGACGAUCAACAAGUUGACGAAGUGAUUCCUCUAUCAGACUUGACUAGUGACGAGACUACACUUCUUGAGCAGCUUGGAAAGGCAUCGAAAGAGUAUGUCGACAGUUUAUACAAGAUAAAGUCUGUCGGGCCUCUGUUGGUGACUUUGGAAGACUGAAUAAGGGUCCAUUGAAAAAUUGGUUGUGUUUGGAUAUCGCUGUGUAUAUUGUAUCAGGUUUCUAAAAGGCGUUGGUUAUCGUUUCUCUUUUCGAUUGUAUUUUGUCUAUGGAGUGUUUCCAUCGUCCCAUUGCUGUUUAGCUUUGCUGCAUUUU